CCGACCGAAGGCAUCCUCGUCGGAAGACAGAGCUUUCCACCGUGGCUCCCGCGUUCCACUCACGUGUGAUCCGCCCGUGCUUCAAAGCCGUGAACCACACGAGCUACGGACCGCGGCGAUUUUUCGAACGCGUCGCGGCCACGACAGGAAGUCUCGGCUACAUCGCCGCGUAGACGUCGCUGUUGGAACGCGUCGCGUGGCCGGACACGCGUCACCGCGAGAGAUGGUGUGCGAUUGCGCGCCGUCCGAGUGUUCCACGGAGCUUGGAGAGGACGCGUCCUUGAAGAGGGCCUUGGAGGAGCUGCUGAAGUGCAUGCUCAGAGUAUGGUGCAGAGAGGGUCAGGCCCUUACCAGGCUAGGCGCUACGACACAUGAGAGCGACAAGAGGGUGGUGGUGAAGCGAGAGGCCGGGGGUGAGUUCGGUUUCCGUAUUCACGGCUCGAAACCGGUGGUGGUGUCAGCGAUCGAGCCGGACACCCCGGCGGAGAGCUCGGGCCUGGAAGUCGGGGACAUCAUAAUGGCGGUGAACGGGAAGAGCGAGAUGGACGCGACUCAUUCGGAGGUGGUGAGGCUGGCGCACUCGGGCACCGACGUCCUUGAACUCGAGGUGGCGAGGACCUGCAACGUGCUGGCACCGCGAGUCGCCAGGCCAGGGACGAAAGAAGGCAGCGACGAGGCACCUAUCUGUUCCGGUUACCUGUGGCGGAAGUCCGCGACCUCGUCGAACACGGACAAGUGGGUGCGCAGGUGGUUCGCCCUGCGACGCGACAACUGCCUCUACUAUUACAAGACUGACGCGGACUCACAGCCAGUCGGGGCGGUGAUGCUGAUAAAAUAUGACGUGGAGCAAACCCCCGAGCUGAGGUUACACAGCUUCGCGAUCAAGAAACAGGGUGCACCAACGCUGAGACUCGCGGCAGACACCGAGGACGCGGGCGCUCGAUGGACAACGGUCAUCAAGGAAGCCAUUGAGAGAAACGACCAGGUUGACACCUGGCUGGAAGCGUCGCUGAGAAUGCGUGAAAUGGCGGCGUGCGCCAUUCACAGACCAGAUUGCUUUGGAUACCUGAGCAAGCAGCAGGAACAUGCGAAGAAAACGUCCUCUCCAACCGGUUGGUCCAGGCGAUAUUGCGUGCUAAAAGACGCCGCAUUGUAUUUCUACGACGACGCUAAUGCGGAGAAGGCGUUCGGUGUCGCCUGUCUUCAUGGCUUCAGGGUGCACAGCAGCGCGCCCACUUCCGGUGGCAGGAAACACGCGUUCGAGCUGCAGCCACCGGACCCCACGCAGAGGAGUUACAUCUUUGCCACGGAAUCUGAAAUGGACAAGAAACGAUGGCUGGCAGCGCUCGAAUAUUCGAUUGAUAGAUGGAUAAAGAUUGGUUGACAAAGGCCGACCUACCGUACAAAGAAGCAAAGAAGUCGAAGCAGCGAAGAUCCUUUGAGAUGUCCUUCGCCUCUUCCUGUUUCCGGUUCCUAACGAACAUUGUCGCAAAUCAGAAACUCAUCGAUCACUGUCGCCAUCAUCGCCUCGAUUGUCGUUCGCAAAUUCAUCGCGUGGAUCAUGUCGCAGAUACUCUUCAAAUUCGCGAUUCUUCAGAGAUCUUGAACCACUUCGUUAGCGUUACAACCAUUGUUUUCACUUUCAUUUGAGAAACCUCAUCGGGAUCAUCGACAGAAUACAUGAAUUAUUUAUUUCGAGGUCACUCGAGUAAUUAACUUAGGAUUAAUAUAACGUACUUUAAAAUCUGCCAUAUUUUUUGCUAUUAGAAAUAUUCUUUUCUAAUCGCAAAUUUCUUCGAACAUAAGUCAGUGUAAACGUGUUGCUGUUUAAUUACCGAACAACGUCGGAAACAUCGUGAAGAAUUCAUUCUUAAGCGCUCUUGACGACUUCGAUUUUCUACACAUUUCCGUGAAUUAUCCUUUAUUGUAUAAAUUUCAAUUAUUCUGCUGUGU